AUGGCCUCGCACCCCUCGUCAUCCAGCACACCGUCCUCCGCAAUGUCGUCGUCUACCGCUCCCUCCUCUUCGUUCAACAUGGACGAUGAUGUGCUACCAACCAAUGCCGUCAGCAAGGAAGAGGAACCAGUCGCUAGGACUUUACACACGGCCGUGUAUAUAUCAGCCUGGAUUUUUGUUUCAAAUUGCACUAUUCUUUUCAAUAAGUGGUUAAUAGACACUGGAGGAUUUCGCUUCCCUAUCCUCUUGACCUGUUGGCAUCUGGUUUUCGCUACAAUCGCUACACAAAUUCUCGCUCGGUCGACGUCGUUGCUCGACUCUCGUAAGAAGAUACCGCUUACCUCCCGCACGUACUGCCGAACAAUCCUCCCCAUCGGCAUCUUUUACUCUGGAUCUCUCGUUUGCUCCAAUGUGGUCUAUCUGUAUCUGUCUGUGCCCUUCAUCCAGAUGCUCAAGGCUGCAGCCCCUGUAGCGGUGCUCUUCACCUCUUGGGCAUGGCGCGUUGCCGAGCCUAAUCUGGCAUCCUUCCUCAACGUUCUGUGGAUCGUGGCAGGUGUGGCGCUGGCCUCGGUCGGUGAAAUCCACUUCUCCCUCAUUGGUUUCAUGUACCAGAUGGGUGGCAUUGUUUUCGAGGCUAUACGCAUCGUCAUGAUUCAAGUAUUGCUCAGCGGAGACGGCAUGAAGAUGGACCCCCUCGUUGGGCUUUACUACUUUGCUCCCGUCUGUGCCGUCAUGAACUUUCUCGUGGCUGUACCCAGCGAAUUGCCAAGGUUCACGUGGGCUGCCGUGUCUGACGUCGGAAUUAGCAUACUGAUUCUGAAUGCUUCUAUUGCUUUUUUGUUGAACAUCACCAGCGUCUUUUUGAUUGGACGCACGUCCGGCCUGGUCAUGACCCUUACUGGCAUAUUCAAGAACAUUCUUCUCAUCAUCGUGUCUAUUCUUAUCUGGAACACCAAGAUCUCGUUUAUGCAAACUAUUGGAUACGCCAUUGCUCUCGCCGGUUUAACGUACUACUCGCUUGGUUACGAGCAAAUCGUCAAGCUGUUUCGCUUGUCUAUUUCGUGGACAGUCAGCAUGUGGAGUUCGACGUCUGCUCAGGGCCGCGGCUCCGGCUCUUUGGCGACACGACGAUGCGUUGUUAUCACGGCACUCGUCUUUGGCGGCUUAUUCAUCUUUGUUGCUGCCUUGCAACAUUACGACCCGCAAAAGACUCAGAUGCUGAGACUUCCCUCAUGGUCCGGAACGGAGUGA